GCAUUGAAUGAAGUAAAGGCGUCGUAGGGAUGGACGGUUGUGUACACCUGGGUCGGCGACGAUCCUUGUGGCGGCGGCAAUCUUCCGCCGUGGCCAAUCGUCACCUGUUCCUUCGUCGGCGAUUAUAGAGUUGUCACCGAUCUGGAAGUUUAUGCAGUUUAAAUCGUCGGGCCAUUUCCUGUUGCAGUGACGAAUUUGCUAGAUCUUACUCGACUUGAUAUGCAUAACAACAAGCUAACCGGACCGAUUCCGCCUCAAAUUGGUCGGCUCAAACAUCUUCGAAUGCUGUGUACCUGAGCUUCAAUAAUUUGAAAGGGGAAAUCCCAAAGGAGCUGGCAACUCUUACGGAACUUCGCUACCUACAUCUACAUCAAAACCGUUACUUGGGUCAUAUGCAGGCCGAGCUAGGCAGUUUGAACAAACUUCAGUUCUUGGAUGUCGGGAACAAUCAUGUGGUCAGUACUAUAAAACAACUCAUAAGCAUUGAUGGUUGCUUCCCAGCACUUCGGAACAUGUACCUAAACAAUAAUUACUUGACCGGUGGAACUCCAGCACAGCUCGCAAACUUGACCGACUUAGAAAUCUUGUACCUAUCUCACAACAAACUGUCGGGAGAAACACCAUCUGAAGUUGCUCGUCUCCGUGCGUUGAUGUCGUUGUAUUUAGAUCACAAUCAAUUUGCAAGAAGAAUUCCUGAAGCAUUCUAUAAGCAUCCCUUCUUGCAAGAAAUGUGUGGAAGAAAGCCGUGUAAAUAGAUAAACUUGUGCGACUCUUCAGUUACGUUCCUCGCGAGUGAUUGGCCGUCCCGAUUUCGUGUUCUCUAGUUUAAUAUUGUAACCAUUUGGAACUGAAAAUGUUGGCAAGGGGAAUUCUUCUGCAAUAUCAU